GGCGGCUGCUGGGUUCCUGGGUGGCGCUCGCCAACCCGUGCCGUUAGAGGUCAUCCUCAAGGUCACGCAGGAAGUCGGUGUCGGGAGGGGAGAGGAUCCCGGGCUCCCCAGGCGGCGGGGUGUCCCAGAUCUCAGCCCCAUUCUGCCGGCUCCCGGGUCAAGGUCACCCCACAGGUCUCUCGGCUGCUGGGGGCAUUCCACAACCCAAAACAGGUGACCAGAGGUUUUGCUGGUGGUGUUCAGACAGUGACUUUAAUUCCAGGAGAUGGCAUCGGCCCAGAAAUUUCCGCCGCCGUGAUGAAGAUUUUUGACGCCGCCAAAGCGCCCAUUCAGUGGGAGGAGCGGAGCGUCACCGCCAUUCAGGGCCCCAGCGGGAAGUGGAUGAUCCCCCCCGAAGCCAAGGAGUCCAUGGACAAGAACAAGAUGGGCCUGAAAGGUAGGCGCACGCGGGCGGAUGCGGAUAAAGCCAGCGGGGGCAGCGCCCUCAGCGCGAGCUGUGCAGCUGCCCGGUGCCCGGCCCUGCCGCACCCUCUCCAGCGAGGCCGCCUUCCUGUCUUCCAGAUCGUGGACGGGGUCGUGCAGAGCAUCAAGCUCAUCACCGAGCAGGCGAGCAAGCGCAUCGCGGAGUUCGCCUUCGAGUACGCCCGCAACAACCACCGCAGCAACGUCACCGCCGUGCACAAAGCCAACAUCAUGCGCAUGUCGGAUGGGCUCUUCCUGCAGAAGUGCAGGGAAGUUGCCGAGAACUGCAAAGACAUUAAGUUUAACGAGAUGUACCUGGACACGGUGUGUCUGAAUAUGGUCCAGGACCCGUCCCAGUUCGAUGUUCUGGUUAUGCCCAACUUGUACGGGGACAUCCUGAGCGACCUGUGUGCGGGGCUGAUUGGAGGGCUCGGCGUGACACCAAGUGGCAACAUCGGCGCCAACGGGGUCGCGAUCUUCGAGUCGGUAAGGACCCUCCGUCCUCAGAGCCUGACAAAGGACUUGGGGGGCAACGCGAAGUGCUCAGACUUCACAGAAGAAAUCUGCCAGCGAGUGAAGGAUUUAGAGUAAGGCUUCCGCCGACGUGUCCGCACCAGCCACUCCUAACGCCGCCACGUGUGCCGCCUGAGAGCACGCCCGUGUGCGCUGGGUCCCCGUCCCCGACCGAGUCCACUCCGAUCGGCCUUUUAACAACCUGAGCAGAGGAUGCAGGCGACGCCCGAGGUCUGCUCCCAAGGACUCCCCCAGUGCUCGUCUGGUUGGUCGAUGUCUUUGGUAUCUAUUUUUUGUAAACUCUAAGCGGACUGUAUCAUUUGCCAUUGUUAACCAUUUACACUUCAGUUAAAACAGUUUUCCCUCAGCUGUAAAUAUGACACAGAAUUAAUAAGAAAACAUCUAACUUUUCAGAGAAAAAGUUGUCCUUAGCUUAUGAAAAAUAUACUAGAAAUAAAACAGAAUACUGACGUAACAGCACAAGAUGACAUUCGUAUGACAUGAACGGGCACAAGAGCAAUUUCCUAGGAAGGUUGGCGUCAGACGCAGUGACUGUGGCCUAUUCCUUCAUGACACCGACAGUGAGGACAGUGGUCUUUUCUAUGAAUUAAUUACUGAGGGCGGGUAGACUUCCCAGCCAAGAAAUAGACGAGAGGUAACUGUCGUUGAACAGACACAGGUAAUAGAUCAGCUACAAAGACACAGAUGUGUUGCUGGCUCGGUGCUGUGUUACCUUGAGGUUCCCUUUCCUGAGCUCCACGGAGGGCAGGGCCGCAGUCCCCUGUCACUGGACACGCGCUGCGCACGCGGGGAACGGCUCUGCGGCCGCACUCCUGCAGCACCUCACACUGGGCCGCCCUGCUGAAAGGCUGCCCACGCUGUUCACUUCACGUUCCCACGGCCGCCCUCUCUCCUCCCCAGAGCACGGCCGCCAGGGGCGAGGGCGCAGGGCAGCAGGCGGUUGGCGUGGCUCAGCCCGACCCCUGCACCCGGCACGGUGUCUACAGCCUCAGAUGCCGAGUCGCCAUCUCCAUCAACAGGCAGCCGUGUGCCCCUGCCCCUCGUGGAUCCACGCAGACCUGUGCUUGGCAUGAGGCACCCAGGUCACGGGGGUCCCCGACACCCCUGCGGGUGCUUUUCAGGCUGGUCCCCGACUCACCGCCUUCCCUGUAUUUGCUGUGUAAGCUGCUGCCCCUGCUUUACUGGAUGCGAAUGCCGGCUCACGCUGAUUAAUAAAGAGUUCAGAGCUGA